CAGUGUGGUAAAGACAAAACAGCACUAGAUUAUUUCACUCAACUUGGUUAGUUCUAACUGCUUAGUGUCAUUCACACAACACAAGCAGCCAUGGAAGCUGCAUUAUGCAGUUCACUUGCUCUUUCACCCCACCAAGUUUUCAAUGCAGCGAAUCAUGGGGAUAAAAUGUUUGCUUUCAAAUAUGGCAAAGAUCGGAGUGUUGUAAUGACAGUGGCAGCCACUGGAGCAGGGAAAGGUGGAGGGUUGUUGGAGAGGCCAACCAUAGAGACAACAUCACCUGGUCGGGAAUCUGAAUUUGACUUAAGGAAAUUGCGAAAAACAUCCCCACCUUACCGAGUAUUGCUGCACAAUGACAACUACAACAAGCGUGAAUAUGUGGUGCAAGUGCUGAUGAAGGUGAUACCAGGAAUGACAGUUGAUAAUGCGGUUAACAUCAUGCAGGAGGCACACAUUAAUGGAAUGGCAGUUGUCAUCAUCUGUGCUCAAGUCGAUGCCGAAGACCACUGCAUGCAGUUGAGAGGAAAUGGCCUUUUGAGUUCAAUUGAGCCUGCAGAUGGUGGGUGUUGAAUGAUGAAUGUUGAUUCUCAUCAAGAUAGAAAGAGACUUUGGUCUAAUAGUUUCAUUGUAUGCUAUUAUGCAUAUUAUACACAAUCAUUAAAGACAGUUUGUAUAGAAAAGUAGUAGCUAGGCAAGGAAGAGAUAGUGCUAAUUAGUACUAAUGCAGGACAUGAAUUGCUACCAAUCAGUAGCAUCAUUUGCUUUAAAGUGUUAUACUAUAAUUAAGUCUCUAUGUUUCCACUCUUCA